UACCACUGUGUAUGUGUAUGUGCGUUUUGUGUUUGUUUAAUGUAAAAAAAUCAAAUUAAAAGUUAAAGAAACUCAACGAAAAGGCCACGGCAAUAUGCUAUUAUUAAAAAAAACAAGCAGAACCGCCGCCGUCGCUGCCGCAAACAACAGAACGCUGCUGCCUCUGCCGUCGCCACCGCCGUCGUCGCAUGCAUAACUUUAAUUUUUUAAAUAUAUUGUUUUUAUUUUGAAUAAUGGAUCGUCGUGCAUUGAAGUUUAUGCAGAAAAGAGCGGACACAGAAAGCGAUACAACAACAGUAACAACACCAGGAUCCUCUUUAGCACCAGCUCCAGGAACAGGAGGUGGCACACUUCCUCUGAAGGACAACUCGAAUAUUCGCGAAAAGCCCCUGCACAACAGUAACAACAACAACAAUAGCCACAACAAUAACAACAACAACAAUAACGGCUCCCAGCAACAGCCCAGCAAGCAGCACGAACGGCCCCUGAAGUGCCUGGAGACGCUCGCGCAGAAGGCGGGUAUUACCUUUGACGAAAAAUACGAUGUGGCCAGUCCCCCGCAUCCGGGUAUUGCCCAGCAGCCGUCAUCGACACCAAACGCAGCCACAGCCCAAGCCCAUCGCAACGGAGGAGCCAAAACAGGCGCCGGAACACCACCCACUGCUCGUCGCCACGCACACACACCGGUCACGCCGAACACCGCCAACACUCAAAACACUACCAGCAGCACCACCACCACCCCACAACACCCUCGACACAGCAGCACCAGCAACAGCCUCAGCGGCAGCAUCAGCCACACAAUGGAGAAGUCACAGAGCCCGGCCCAACAGGUGGCGUCCGCCACGACGGUGCCCCUGCAGAUCUUACCGGAGCAGCUGCAGCACUUCUACGCGAGCAACCCGUAUGCCAUCCAGGUAAAGCAGGAGUUCCCCACGCACUCGGCCGGCACCACCACCACGGAACUGAAGCAUGCGACAGGUCUGCUGGACGCCAGCCAGGCGAGCCAGUUGCAGCAGAUGCAGCUCCAGCAGCUGACGGCGGCGGCAGCCGAUGCAGCCGGAGGAAACGGCUCUGCAGGUGGCGGAGCAGGAGGAGGAGGCCAGGGCCAGGGUCAGGGCGGAGGCGCACCCAGUCCCGCGAACCAGCAGGGACAGCAACAGCAGCAGCAGCAGCACUCGACGGCCAUCAGUACGAUGUCGCCGAUGCAGCUGGCGGCAGCCACCGGCGGAGUGACCGGCGACUGGUCCCAGGGUCGGACCGUGCAGCUGAUGCAGCCCUCGCCGGGAUUCAUCUACCCGCAAAUGAUGAUCUCCGGCAACCUGCUGCACUCCGCGGGCCUCGGCCAGCAGCCCAUACAAGUGAUCACCGCCGGGAAGCCGUUCCAGGGCAACGGCCCCCAGAUGAUCACCACCACCACGCAGAACGCCAAGCAGAUGAUCGGGGGGCAGGGCGGGUUCGCCGGCGGCACCUACGCCAUCCCCUCCAGCCAGUCCCCGCAGACGCUGCUCAUCUCGCCCAAUCUGGUCAACGUCAUCUCCCACUCGCCGCAGCAGCAGCAGAGUCUCUUCCAGUCGAUGGUCGCCCAGCAGCAACAGCAGCAGCAACAACAACUCAACGCCCAACAGCAGCAGCAGCAGCUGACGGCGGCGGCAGCGGCUCAGCAGGCGGUGGCCAUGGCCAAGGCAGGAGUGGGAGUAGGCGCCGAUGGUCAGGGCAAGAUGCAGGCGCAGAAGGUGGUCCAGAAGGUGACCACCACCACCAACACGGUGCAGGCUGCGUCGGCAGGCGCUGGGGGGGCACAGGCGCAGCAGCAACAGCAGCAGCAGACCACCACCCAGCAGUGCGUCCAGGUCUCGCAGUCGACACUGCCCGGCGUGGGAGUGGGAGUGGGUGUGGGCGUGGGCGGGCAGCUGCUGAAUCCGCUGGGCGGUGCCGGCGCGGGCCAGGCGCAGCAGAUGCAGCUCGGUCCCUGGUUCUGGCAGAACGGCCUGCAGCCCAUCGGCUCGAACUCCUUCAUCCUGCGGGGCCAGCCGGACGGCACUCAGGGCAUGUUCAUCCAGCAGCAGCCCACCACGCAGACCCUCCAGACCCAGCAGAAUCAGAUCAUUCAGUGCAAUGUGACCCAGACACCUACCAAGCCUCGCACCCAGCUGGAAGCGAUGGCAUCCAAGCAACAACAGCAGCAGCAGCAGCAGCAACAACAACAGCAGCAACAGCAGGCGGCGGCCAACAGCCAAGCGCAGCAGCAGCAACAGCAACAGCAACAACAACAGCAGCAGCAACAACAGCAAUUGGCGGUGGCCACGGCCCAACUGCAACAACAGCAGCAACAGCAACAGCAACAGUUGACGGCCCUGCAGCGUCCUGGAGCACCGAUUAUACCCCACAAUGGGACGCAGGUGCGCCCGGCCAGCUCCGUGUCAACGCAGACGGCGCAGAACCAGAACCUGCUCAAGGCCAAGAUGCGGAACAAGCAGCAGCCUGUCCGUCCGGCGUUGCCGGCCCUCAAGACGGAGAAUGGUCAGGUGGUGGCGGUUGGCGCGGUGCAGAGUAAAGCACUGGGCGUGGGCCAGCACAUGGCUGCCGUCCAGCAACAGCAGCAGCAGCACCAGCAGCAACAACAGGCGAACCUCCACCAGGUGGUCACCGCAGCGGGAAACAAGAUGGUCGUGAUGAGCACGGGCACGCCGAUAACCCUGCAGAAUGGCCAGACCCUGCAUGCAGCCACUGCGGCCGGAGUGGACAAGCAGCAGCAACAGCAGCAGCAGCUGCAGCUCAUGCAGAAGCAGCAGUAUCUGCAGCAGCAAAUGCUCCAACAGCAGAUAGCUGCCAUCCAGAUCCAGCAGCAGGCGGCAGCCCAACAGCAGCAGCAACAACAGCAGCAGCAACAACAGCAGCAACAACAGCAGCAACAACAGCAGCAACAGCAACAGCAGCAGCAGCAGGCGGUUGCCCAGGCGCAGCAGGAUCAGCGCCAACAGGUUGCACAGGCACAGGCGCAGGCCCAAGCUCAGGUACAGGCGCAGCAACAUCAACAGCAGCAGGCACUGGCUCAGCAAAUACUCCAGGUGGCGCCCAACACCUUCAUCACCUCCCACCAACAGCAGCAGCAGCAGCUCCACAACCAAUUGCUGCAGCAGCAGCUCCAGCAGCAGGCGCAGGCCCAGGUGCAAGCUCAGGUUCAGGCACAGGCACAGCAGCAACAGCAGCAACAACAACAACAGCAGCAGCAACAACAACAGCAACAACAACAGCAACGGGAGCAGCAGCAAAACAUCAUCCAACAAAUUGUGGUGCAGCAGGCGGGUGGGGCGGGUCAGCAGCAGCAGCAGCAACAGCAAACGCAAGCGGGACAAUUGCAGCUGAGCAACGUUCCCUUCUCGGUGUCCUCGACUACGACGCCCGCAGGUAUAGCCACCUCGAGUGCCCUCCAGGCCGCCCUCUCGGCCUCCGGCGCCAUCUUCCAGACGGCCAAGUCGGCCAGUAGCAGCUCCUCUCUGCCGACCAGCAGCGUAGUGACAAUAACAAACCACUCAGCGGGUCCGCUGGUCACAAGCAGCACGAUGGCAGCCAGCAUCCACCAAGCCCAGCUCCAGCAGCAGCAACACCAACACCAACAACAGCAGCAACAACAACAACAGCAGCAGCAGCAACAGCUAAUCUCCGCCAGCAUUGCAGCAGCCACACAACAGCAUCAACAACAACAGCAACAACAACAGCAGCAGGGACCACCCGCUCUGGCGGCUGCGUCGCACUCGCCCGCCACAAACCCCAUAAUGGCCAUGACGUCCAUGAUGAACGCCACAGUUGGACCUGUCAGCAGCAGCGGUGUGAUGCCCUCUCCGGCAACGCUGGUCGCGUUCAGCGCUGCCAGUGGAGGUAGUCAUCCGGCGACACCCACCAAGGAGACGACGCUGAAGAUGCCCACACCCACCGCCACCCUGGUGCCCAUUGGGUCACCUCUGAACAGCAGUGCCGCUAGCCAGGAUCACCACCAGCAGACAUCGUCUGUCAACACCACGCCCAAGUCCGCUGCAAGCGGCAAUGUCAGUGGCAGUGCCAGUGCCACAGCAGAAGCCAGUAGCUCCACGAGUGACUCCAGGGUAAAUGGAGAGGCCCCGGAGGCGUCUCACAGCAGCACCAGCACCAGCAGCAGCACCACCACCACGCCCACGAAGGCCACCACUACAAGGCAGAGCAAUGUGGUGCUGCCCACAAGUAGCUGCAGCACCACCAGCAGCACCACUAGCUCCACGCACAGUGGGAAGGAUGAGGGCAAGGGCGGAGCGGCAACAGCUACGAGCAUCAGCAGCGGACCUUCGACGCCAACCACGACGACAGUCAGCAACGGGAUUGGGCUAGGCAGUCUGGGCAGGACAGGGAGCACCACUGUGACAACCACAACGACGACCACCAGCAGCAGCACUGCGACGACUACACCCACAACAACAACAGCAACUACAACGAGCAUCAGCAAUGGGAGCAAUGGGAGCAAUGGGAGCAAUGGGAAGGAUCUGCCGAAGGCAAUGAUCAAGCCCAAUGUGCUGACCCAUGUCAUCGACGGAUUCAUCAUCCAGGAGGCCAACGAGCCCUUCCCUGUGACGAGGCAACGCUAUGCUGACAAGGACACCAGCGACGAGCCGCCAAAGAAAAAGGCUGCCAUGCAGGAGGACUCGAAGCCAUGCGGAAUAGCCACUGGAACUCCAACCACAACCACAACAACGGCAACAACAACCCCAACCCCAUCCCCAACAGCAGGCAGUGCGACGGACAUGGUGGCCUGCGAGCAGUGCGGCAAGCUGGAGCACAAGGCGAAGCUCAAGCGGAAGCGCUUCUGUUCCCCAGGCUGCGCCAGGCAGGCGAAGACUGGCGUCGCAGGCAUCUCGGCAUCCAGCGGAGUAGGAGUGGGAGUGGGAGAGAGCAAUGGAAUGGGAAUGGAAAUGGAAAUUGGAGGAAUUGUGGGAGUGGAUGCGAUGGCGCUGGUGGACAAACUGGACGAGGCCAUGGCCGAGGAGAAGAUGCAGAUGCAGACGGACGCACUGCAAGCGCUGCAGUCCGCGCCGCUGUCCCUUAUGCCAUUGUCAAGCAACGCGGAGCCAUUGCCACUGCCACUGCCAGUGCCACUGGUGUCUUCCUGCCUUCCUGUCCUGCCAGUCAUGGCAGGCACCCCCGUUCCAGUCCCUCCCCUAGUUGCAGUCGCACUCACAGUUCCGGCUCCCGCUCACGUGGCCCUGCCUGCGGCUCCGUCUCCGGCUCCCACACCUCCUGCAGCAGCGGUGGCGCCCCAGCCUCCAGUGCCAGCAGCAGCAUCCUCAUCUUCAUCCUCGAGCGGAGGCGAGCGUUCGCCCAUCUGCAACUGGAGUGUGGACGAGGUCGCUGACUUCAUACGGAAUCUGCCGGGCUGCCAGGACUAUGUGGACGACUUUGUUCAGCAGGAGAUCGACGGGCAGGCGCUGCUGCUGCUCAAGGAGAAUCACCUGGUGAAUGCCAUGGGCAUGAAGCUGGGCCCCGCCCUCAAGAUUGUUGCCAAGGUGGAGUCCAUGAAGGAGGUGGUCCCGGCGCCGGGCUCUGGCGAUUCCAAGGAGGCAACGGCAGCGGGAGGAGCUCAAUAAUAUCAGCCCGAUGCUCCAGUCGAUGCCAUUGUCGAUGCUGACGAAGAGGGAAUGCCCAUGCCCCCCUACGCGACAUCUCCGCCACCAUUCUCGCUACUCCGCCUCCGGCUUACGUACGGAUCGAAGCAGCGAGGCGAUCGAGGCCAGAGUGAAGUGUCAGAGGGAACUGGACUGCGAUGUGAAGACGCAUCCUUGCCGGUGGACGUGAACGUGGAAGUGGAAGAGGCAGAGGCGGAGGCGGACAGGCAGCUGUACACCCGGUCCAACCAGGUGCUCCGCCAACAGCAGGCACAGGGCUGUCGCCAUCUGUAUACUAUAGAGCAUAGACUUAGCAGCCGAACGGACAGCCAAUUGUCCUUCCAUCAAUUGUACAGAAUUCCAGACAUUUAAGAGACUCUAGGCGCAUACACCUACUGCAAAAUCAUACUAUUACAUAUAUAAUUAUACAUACAAUUGUACAGAUAGCGACAGAUUUAACUUUUAGGCUUACAUUUAUUUAUUCGAAAAUUGUAAAUUCAACAUUCAACAUUGUGACAGAGCAUAGGAUAUCGAUCACCUGAACUAUAAUUAACUGCAUACGGUUAUGCAUAUAGAAUGUAACUAUUUAAAUUCUAGCAUUAAGUCAAACCUAUUGUGUCGUCUUUUGCGCUAAACCGAGCUCACUCACACUACAUUUACAUACACUACAUAAAUAAGUUUAAAGUUUAAACAAAACUCAAAACUGACAACUAAAACUCAUCCACGUUCUGUACAGCUUCUAGAACUAGUAUUUACAAAAUGUACCCUAGGUUCCAGUAUUUAGUUGUAUUUAUUAUUAUGCCUAAUAAGUUUUUUUUUUUUUACAACAAAA